AAUAUGUCUGCGUCCAUACAAUAAGAAAGAAUUUGAAAUUUUAAAUUUCUUGCUACUACUAUUCAAAUAUUUUAGGAAUGCCACAUUAUUUAUAUGGAUAUUUAGUGCAAAUUAUAGUAUAAUCAUAGUUCGGUCCUACGUAAGAGAUGUCAUUGUAUUUGACAAGACUUUCUUCAUUAACUUUCCGUGGUGGUGUGCAAAGCAAACUUAUUUAUCAUCAGUGUUGGAUACCGGUAACCACUAUCUGCUGUCAAUCAAAAUUUUGCAGUACCGGUACCAAACAAAAACCUGACUAUUAUAUAACUACUCCUAUUUUCUAUGUCAAUGCAUUGCCACAUAUUGGUCACCUUUAUACAGUUCUCUUCGCCGAUGUUCUAUCACGAUGGCAUCAGUUAAAGGGAGAUAAUGUGCUAUUUUCUACAGGGACUGAUGAACAUGGGUUGAAGAUUCAACAAGCAGCUAACAAAACUGAUGAACAUCCAACAGAAUUCUGUAAUCUUGUUUCACAGACGUUUAGAGAUUUGUUUAAAGAGGCAAAUGUUAAUCACACAGAUUUUAUCAGAACAACAGAAAAAAGACAUAUUACAGCUGUUCAACAUUUCUGGAUGGUUUUAGAAAGUAAAGGUUAUAUAUAUAAAGGAGUUUAUGAAGGAUGGUAUUCCGUAUCUGAUGAAGCUUUCCUAUCGGAUUCAGAUGUAAAAGAUGGCAUGAUUGACGGUAAAACUUGUAAGAUUAGUGUAGAGAGUGAGCAACCAGUGAUUUGGAUGGAGGAAGAGAAUUAUAUGUUUCGAUUAUCAGAGUUUAAAGAUAAGAUACAUGAUUGGUUGGAUACUGGAGUGAUCCAUUCGAAGAAUUUUGAACAGAAUGUAAGAACUAUGUUAACAAAUUUAACAGAUUUAUCAAUUUCCCGACAGUCUGACAGAUUAACAUGGGGAAUACCCGUACCUAAUGAUCCUACACAAACUAUAUAUGUAUGGUUGGAUGCACUGGUGAACUAUUUAACUGUUACUGGAUAUCCAAAUGUGUCAUCAAGAUGGCCACCAGAUUGUCAAAUUAUUGGUAAAGAUAUCUUAAGGUUUCAUGCUGUAUACUGGCCAGCAUUUUUAAUGGCUGCUGGUCUUGAACUCCCUAAAAAAUUGCUGUGUCAUUCACAUUGGACUGUUGAUGAUACCAAGAUGUCAAAGAGCAUUGGUAAUGUUGUUAAUCCUAUGGAUAAGAUGAACCAGUUUUCUGUAGAUGGUUUACGGUAUUUCUUACUGAGAGUUGGAGUACCUCACUUAGAUGGCAAUUACAGUGAUAUAAAGGCUGUAGAAUGUAUAAACAGUGAAUUAGUGAAUGUAUUAGGUAACUUAUUGAAUAGAUGUACAUCUCUAACUAUAAACUUGCAACAAGUAUGGACUGGUUGUUAUGUAGAUGAUAUAGAGAAGUUUUUGUCACCUGCUGAUCAAAACAAAUUUCAUAGUCUAAAACAUCUAGCAGAUGUGGUUGAUAGGUUUUACACAGAGUUUUCUGUAUACAAAGCUCUUCAAAAGCUUAUAUCUCAACUUCAUUGGACCAACGCCUUCGUGGAGCAUCAUAAACCCUGGCAACUAGUGAAAUCGGAACAGUCAUUGGGCCAUUUAAAUGUUGUUUUGCAUGUGACCAUGGUUACCUUAAGGAAUUGUGGGAUUUUAUUACAACCUGUUAUCCCUAAUAUAGCGAACAAAUUAUUAAAUAGAUUAAAUGUGUCUGAUGAUUGUAGAACUUUUGAACACGCAAAAGAGCUUAGUUUGGAUAAAAAGACACGGCAGUUAGGAAAAGAUAACUCUAUUUUACUGAAACGAAUAAAAAUGUGAAUUUUGUUUGGGUGAAAUACAUAGAUCUUUAUUAGUGUGCGAGUGGAAGAAUGAAAAAUAAAGCAAUCAAUCAAAUACUUCAAAUAUUAAGUGUUUAA